AGCGCCGCCUCGGCGGGGCGGCCGCGCUCCUGCUGACGGAAAGGAAGAUGGCGGCGGCAGCGUCUGACCUGCUGACGGGAUGGUGCCUCUUCGGCCUGGCGCUGCUGGCCAUUCUAAUUUUCUGCUGGGUUUAUGUUCGCAAGUAUCAGAGUCGGCGGGAAAGUGAAGUGAUUUCUACCAUAACAGCAAUUUUUGCCUUGGCUGUUGCUCUUAUCACAUCAGCGCUCCUGCCAGUGGACAUAUUUUUGGUCUCAUACAUGAAAAACCAAAAUGGUACAUUUAAGGUCUGGGCUGAUGCUAAUGUUUCAAGGCAAAUUGAAGACACUGUACUUUAUGGAUAUUACACUCUGUACUCGAUUAUUCUGUUCUGUGUCUUUCUGUGGAUUCCCUUUGUCUAUUUCUAUUAUGAGGAGAAGGAAGAAGAUGAUGGCAACACAUGCUCACAGGUCAAAACUGCACUCAAAUACACUCUGGGAUUCAUCACGAUUUGUGCAGUUCUUCUGUUAAUUGGUGCUUUUGUUCCUUUGGAUAUUCCCAACAAGAAGAAUUCCACAGAGUGGGAGAAAGUGAAGCUCCUGUUUGAAGAAUUUGGAAGUAGUCAUGGCUUGACUGCACUUUCAUUUUCCAUUAGUUCCUUAACUGUGAUUGGAAUGUUGGCAGCUAUCACUUACACAGCUUAUGGUAUGUCAGCUUUGCCUCUGAACUUGAUAAAGGGAACUACCAGUGCAUCUUAUGAACGUUUAGAGAACACUGAAGAUAUUGAAGAAGUGGAACAACAUUUACUGAGGAUUAAAUCAAAGUGCAGAGAUGGUCGUCCUCUGUCAUCGAGGGAUAGACGGACUUUACAACAGCUAGAAGAGAGAUUAAGGACACUUCGAAGGAGAGAGAGGCAUCUGGAGUCUAUUGAGAAAAGCUGGUGGACAAAGUUCUGUGAAGCUAUUCGACCUCUGAAGAUUGUGUGGGGAGUAUUCUUCAUCAUCGUGGCAUUGCUCUUCACUGUCUCUCUGUUCUUGUCAAAUUUGGACAAAGCUCUGCAUUCGGCUGGCUUCGACUCAGGAUUUAUAAUUCUAGGAACUAAUCUAACCAAUCCAUUGAAUAUGCUGUUACCAGUUCUUCAAAGAGUUUUUCCACUUGAUUAUAUUCUUAUCACAACCAUUGUCAUGUACUUUAUCUUCACUUCAAUGGCAGGGAUUCGAAACAUGGGAAUAUGGUUCUUCUGGACAAGGCUUUAUAAAAUCAGACGAGGAAAAACUCGACCUCAAGCACUCUUAUUUCUCUGUAUGAUACUUCUGUUGAUAGUUCUUCAUACAAGCUACAUGAUUUACAGUCUUGCCCCACAGUAUGUAAUGUAUGGAAGUCAGAAAUACCUGGUACAGAGUAAUAAGACAAUUGAUGGUCAGCGAAGGAAUGUGACACUUGUUUCUAAAGACUGUGAUGCAGAUGCACCUGAAGAUCAGUGUAUUGUCACUCGGACGUACCUCUUUCUUCAUAAAUUUUGGUUCUUCAGUGCAGCCUAUUACUUUGGGAACUGGGCAUUCAUUGCAGUCUUUUUAAUUGGAUUAAUUGUUUCAUGCUGCAAAGGCAAGAAAUCAGUCAUUGAAGGUGAAGUAGAUGAUGACGAUUCAGAUAUGAGUGAUGAUGAAGUGUCUGUUUAUUAUCAUUGACAGCCUUUUGCCUUCAGGAUGAAAAAAUGCAGAACUAUAUUGCGAGUCAUGCCCACAUGGAACUCUUAUCCAGAUAAGCAUCUUUGCACCUGUAAAAAUAAAAGAAAUUAGUGUACUCACUUAAAGGGAUAAAAAACCUGAAUAUCACUUUGAGUAUCACUGUUAAAUGAGGACAAAUGUUGAAGCUGACGUUGACUGAUAUAUAGAACAUAUUUUAUGAUUAAACAUAUAUGUAACCUUCUGAUAUAUAAUUUGAUGAACUGGUGUAACUAUUUCGUAACUCACAGUGCUAUUCUGUUAACUUAGGUUUUUUAAAAUAUGUCCAUGCUUGACUUGUAGGACUUUUUUAUUCAUAAAUACAGCUAACUAAAAUCCUGCAAAGCAGUGCAAAUAUUGCAAGAAAGAUUUAGAUGAAGUUUACAGUCGAAGAAGAGCUUGAUUUAACUUCUGCAUUAUUUUUCCUGGUAUUUCUAUGUAAAACUAUAGUUAACAAGAGGCUGUCAAAGUAUGCCAAAAAUCUUAUUAAAAUGGUGAAUCUCCAGUCUGUGAAAAAUAAGUCAUUUUCAUGCUGUGAUCUCCACUGAGUUACCAUGCAAAUCCUCAGAUAACUGUGAGGUGACUUUUGCUCUCUCAAAGGAAAUCAUAGUGUAUCUUGCAAUAUUCAGCACUGUUGCAGUGUUUUGGUAUGGUUCAGUUCUGAAACUUCCAGGUGCCUGUUCUGGUCGUAACCAAUGGAAUAAUUAAGAUGUGAUUAAUUUUUAACUUAUUUUUGUCUUUAAUGCAAAUUGUCUAGCUUGAAGUUCUUUCAAUAUUUAAUGUAAAUGUUAAUUUGUUUACAAACAAUAUGUUUAUAUAAACACAGUUCAGAAAUA